AUGAAGCGGCGGCUUGCUGAAUCGGACGACGACGUUCGUACGGCAAAGCGGGCUGAUUACCUGUCGGACUAUUCCCCUGAUGAUAGUGAGACCGACACCAAUGGCAACCCCCCUCCAGCGGUGCCUGCGCGUCCUGAUCCGAGACGGUUGGACUCAAACCUGGAUGUGACUCUGGAACUGGAACUGGAAUCAGAAACACCAAACGGUCUUUGGGAUACCGAGCCUGCCAAAUCAGGGUGGAUCCAAAAACUCGAGCUUUUCAACUUUAUGUGUCACGACCAUUUUGUCAUCAACCUUCACCCGCAAAUCAACUUCAUCAUUGGUCGUAACGGGGCUGGCAAACUGGCCAUUUUGACCGGUCUUCUCGUGGCAUUCGGGGUGAGGGCCAAUGACACGUCUCGAGGCUCGGCAGCCAAGGAUUUGAUCAAACACGGGAAGCAAACGGCAAAGGUGCGAGUUACGUUUGCCAACGAGGGCGUCGAGGCGUACCAACCAGAUGUUUACGGGCCUCUGAUAACUAUCGAGCGGAAGCUUGUGCAAAAGGGUGCCCACUCUUACCUGUUGUUGGAUAGCUCCGGCAAGGUCGUACUGAAAAGACGACGCGACCUCGAUGACAUGCUCCGCCGUUUCGGAAUCACGGCUGAGAAUCCCAUGGCGUUUAUGUCGCAAGAACGAGCGAAGCAGUUUCUCAAGGACACCAACGAUUCGCAAAAGUUUGAUUACUUCCGUCAGGGUGCUAUGAUUGACGUCAUCGAGAAAAACUACGUUGAUCUGGAAGAGAAGCUUAUCAACAUCCGCCGAAGAAUAACCCAAGCACAGGAACUGAUGAAACUGAUAAAUUCUCGAUACCAGAAGCUUGAAAAAGAACACAAUCUGUAUCUGGAUCACCAAACGUUACAAGCCGAACUUGCUGCUUUGCAAGGGCGGGUGCUUUGGGAGAUUGUUCGCAAAAUUGAGUUGAAAAUUGAUGCGUUUGUCGAAAAGGAAACCGCUUGCCAGGAGGACAUCACCUCUCUCGAGGGGGAACUUGAAAAAUUGGAGACCGAAAUGGCCGCUCACGAUGUUCGGAAACGUGAACUUCAGGAUGUAGUUGAAGAAGCAUUGGCUAUUAGGGAUCACAACCGAUUGGAGGCUGAGAAAGCUAAAGAUUUCACAUCCGGACUUAACCAGAAGUUAAACGCGGAAAAGGCUCAGUUGUCUGAACUUGAAAAUAAAAUCAUCAAAUGCCAAAAUGAUAUCAAGACGCUUGAAGGAAGGUUAGAAGGAGAACGAGAACGUCUCGAGCAACUGGGGAACUCUCGCGAUAUCAUCGAAAAGGAAUUGCAUAUCGUUGAAGAGCAAUUAUCUCAAGUUAUACUUGACUUUAAUGCCGCUCAAGCAGCAGUGGAUGAAGCGGCGGAGCUUCAACUCCCGGCAAACCUUGGAGAUGAGUUGAGAUCAGCUCUGGACGAAGUUGACCGGCUUAGUAGACAUGUGAGUCAACAAAAUCGAGAUCCCUACCAAGCGUGGGGGCUGGGAAUGCGAAACCUUGUAGCUGCUAUUAAACGAGAACAAGGUUGGAAGAAUGAACCAAUUGGGCCGUUAGGUGCCUUCAUUCUGGUCAGAAGUAUCCCAGGAUUCAAAAACACCGAGUGGCAGAAACUUGUUUGUACUGUUUUGGCAAAACAACUCAACCUGUUCGUCGUUUCAUGCGAGUCUGAUCGUCGGCGGUUGGAAGGUUUAAUUUCAAGGUACAUUCAACAUAAUGGUCCCCUGGUAAUCACGCGUAAGUUUGCGGUAUUUGACUUUUCCCAAGGUAAACCCAGAGAUUGUAACACCUUAGUUGAUAUCUUGGACGUGAGCGAUCCCAUUGUUCAGUGCGCUUUAGUAGACUCUAGUCAAGUCGAAAGAUAUGCCAUAUUGACUCAGGACGAUCAACAGGCAAUUAACUUAGCAGGAAGAUCGCAAAUUGCCGGGGUGUACAUAUUGCGUGGUAAUGGGGGCAAAGUGUUAAAAUCGGUGAAUCGUACGCUCAAACGUGACCCUAUCUACUUCGACGAAGGUCUCCCGAGACUAGCUGUCAAAAAUGAAGACUUUACAGAACAGUUAAGAGAAGCUCAAAAUCACUUGGCGGAGUUGCGGAACCGCGAAAGAGAGGAGCGGGAAAAAAUAAGACGGCGUAAAGAGCAGGCAUUAUCAGCUCGUCGUGAAUGCCAAGAAGAGAAAGCGAAGCUAGAAACCAAGAUUUUCGCUUUGCGAGAAAAGUUGGCUGAGGAUCUACAAGCACAGGUCGACAAUCUUCAGAAUGCCUUGCAACAUGAGUUCAGACGUCUUGAAUCGCAUCAACGGUUGCGAGAGUCAUUGACUGAGCAAGUUGCAGCGAUUAGUGCCCAGCAUCAAAGCGCUAAGGAAACUACAGAAAAGCUCAAGCAGGCUUUUGCGGCAGCAAAUUACCGAUUAGAUAUGGCCAAGGAAGAAGUUCGGACAUUUGACGUCAACAAUGCUGCGUCGGAACAUCGUGUUGCCCAAUUGAAGAGUGAUAUCGAUGACCGUCAGCAAGAACUUGAAAAAAUUCGCCAAUACCUUGAAGAAGGUCGUACAAAACGCGAGGCUCGAGUUUCUCAAGCUGAAGAGAUUGUCAGCAGGGAGCAGAGUGGACUUCAGCCAACCGAUACGAAGGAGCUGUUGGCUCGUCGGUACGAAGAACUUGACCUCAAGGUCAAGCAGUUGGCAAGUGAGCAGAGGCGUUCCUAUGAGGAGUGCUUGCAAGAAUUUUUGAAUGUCCAACAAGAGAGGGAAGAAGGCAAGCGUACAUUAGAGGAAAUGGCGGAAUUACACGGGCAGCUCCGCCAAGACCUUAACCACCGGCAGGAGAAAUUCAUCGAUGCUCGUACCAGAAAGCAACGUGAGGCUCGUCAAGCAUUUUCUCGUUGUCUUGGAAUAAGGGGUUUUGAUGGUAGUCUUUGUUUUGAUGAGGAUAGACGCCGUCUUUCCAUCAGCGUUAGUCGAGAGCGUGAUGGCGAUAUGCGUGAAGUCUCCACUUUACUGGGGGGUGAGAAACUGUACACGCAAAUCUCAUUUUUAUUGGCCAUUUGGCGUAUCAUGGAGUCCAAGAUCAGAGGGCUCGAUGAGUUCGAUGUGUUCAUGGAUUCGGUAAAUCGGUCGAUUGCCAUCAAAAUGCUUCUUCAGGAACUCGAAAAGUAUCCAAAGUCGCAAACGAUUCUUGUAACCCCGCAAGACAUCUCAGCAGUUGGUGAUUUGGAUCGCGACGAUGUCAAAAUUCAUCGCAUGAAUGACCCCAGGGCGUAG